AUGGCUUCUAAACACAAUUCAACGUUCAACGUCGAAGAGUUACUGUCCGGAUUUGAUUCGAUGAAAAUAUCGGCCCUAAGAAAUGCUGCUAAACUGUCUCCCCUGAUAAAGGAGCGUACGAUUGGGCCGGAUUGUGUUGAUCUCUCGCAGAAGAAAAUCAUCGAACCGACACCAUCACCCGGUAAAGUGGAAACCAAUGAUGCGACGAAAGAGAAUAAUCCGAACGUUUCGAACGAAGUACCAACCACACACGGUACACCAAAAUCAGUGGAAAAGAAGAAAGCCACCGUGACACAAUUUACCGCCAGCGUACACAACGAUGCAACAGACUGUGCAGCAGUACAGCUAAAACUGCACCAGCAGGAUAUCGAACGGCAAAGGUUAGCCAGUGUGCAGAAGACACUGGCCGAGCGUCAGACGAAAAUUCGUCUAGCGGACGAGGAGCGUGAAGCACAGCUUGCGAAAAACCUACAAGAAGCAGUCCUAAAUGCCGCCCGCAAGGAAAAGGAUACGGAGCAACGUUUGCUCAAUGCAAUCAAAGAGCAGGAACAGCUAGCUCAAGAAGCGUCCGCCCGAAGACAGGCUGAAAUUGAGCAGGAAUAUAGAAGAUUAAAUGAUAUCCAAGCACAACUAAAACGGCGCCAGGAAGAGAUGCGAAGGCGGGCCCAGCUGCUAGAAACGUUACGCACCUACAUUGGACAGUUUCGUGUCGGGACGGAAACGUUUACGAAAGCACUGACUGUGAUCGGUGUGCAGCAUGCAACGAAAUUCACGAACCAAAAGAAAGCUGUGCGCAUGCUGCAGAAAGAUUUCGAGCUGUUGCUGCAAACGGUUAACGCCAACCAGGAAGUUAGUCAGACGGAAGUGGAUCAGGCAGCCGAUUUUUGUAAGCUGCUCGACCAAGUAAAUGCUGAGGUGACGGAAAUUUUGGCACAAAUCGAAACCAGUCAAAAGCAGCAGGAGCAGGAAAAGCUAGAGCAAGCGAAAGCCUCGGAAGUGCCAGCAGCUCAGGACCAACCGGUGCAACAGACUGAUACGAAACCAACCGAUAGUACGGAUAGUGUCGGUGCCGGUGGUGCGUCCGAGACAGCCGCUGUGCCGGCCAUACAGACCACCGAAAAUGAACCAUUCUUCCAGCCAGUCUCUCCCGAGUGCUUACAGUUUUAUAACGAAAUUAAAACCUUCUACGAACAGCACCAAACAGCUGUGAAGCAACUGAUGGAUGAUCCUUCCAUGAAAACGUAUCGCUUUAACUGCCAAAAAGCAAUCAAUGUACCGGUCAAUGCUAUUUCGGCUGUAAAUAGGGAACAUUUCAUCGACAAGUAUAACAAACUCGCAGCGCUGCUUAGCGGACAGAAUGUAAAGGCAGGCGAUGGAGUGGUGUCUAUUAAUGGGCAUCCACUCGGACGAACGUAUUGUACGAUGCUGUUGGCGAAAAAGUUUGUGAGUCAAGCCGAUACAAGUAUUUCGAGCAAUGCGAGUGCCGCUUUCCCGGUGGCCGCCAUUGCCGUUGCACUUUGGCAAAGGUUUCCCGACUUUGGUCGCUUCUUUCUCGCCUAUCUACACCGCGAAUGUCCCUAUCUGGUGCCGUACUAUCUGCCCCAGCUAGAAGGGCAAAGCCAGGAAGAGUUCCUUAAAACACUCGGCUAUCGGUUCGCUGAUGGUGGUGUGCUGGAGAAGCAGGAUCAGUAUCUGAAGCGUAUGUCCGGACUGGCACGGUUGUAUGCGGCAGUCAUCAUAACCAUCCCGCGGAAAGAUGACCCAACGCCCCAUCCACACGGGAUCGAGUACGGUUGGCGAUGGCUGACAAACAUUUUGAACCGUUUCCCGCAACCCGACAUCUGUGCGACACUCAUACUGGAGUUUCUGCAGACGGCCGGUUCGGAUCUGCACGCAGUGUAUGGGAAUCAGUUUAUCAAGGUUUUGCAGGUUCUUCGGGGUGAUUACAUGACGGCGCUGAACCGCAUUGAUACCGGUGGACCGAAGGCACGGUUGGAGGGUUUGAUAGGGAAAAUUCUAACCGAGGGCCGCAUUGAACGACCCGAAGGUGUAAUGAGUGUGAAUUUUUGGUAA